AUGAGCGGUCGUUACUCUCGCAUGAUCUAUGUUGGCAACCUUCCCGCAGACAUAAGAGAAUCAGAAGUUGAAGACCUAUUCUACAAGUAUGGUCGUAUAUUGGAUAUUGAAUUGAAGAUUCCACCUCGCCCUCCUUGCUAUUGUUUUGUGGAGUUUGAGAGUGCUCGGGAUGCAGAAGAUGCAAUCAGGGGCAGAGAUGGCUAUAACUUUGAUGGUUGUCGACUGAGGGUUGAGCUUGCACAUGGUGGCAGAGGGCCACCACGUUCAAGUGAUCGUCGUGGUGGUUAUAGCAGCCGUGACAGCAGCGGAAGCCGUUUCGGCCCUUCUCGCCAUUCUGAAUAUCGAGUUAUUAUUCGGGGACUUCCGUCUUCUGCUUCUUGGCAAGAUUUGAAGGAUCACAUGCGAAAAGCUGGGGAUGUUUGUUUUGCUGAAGUUUCCCGUGACGGUGAUGGAACCUUUGGCGUGGUUGACUACACUAAUUACGAAGACAUGAAAUAUGCUAUCCGGAAACUUGAUGAUAGCGAGUUUAAGAAUCCUUGGACCAGAAGUUAUAUCCGGGUGAAGGAACACAAGCGCAGUCCAUCAAGAAGCCCAGGCAGGAGCCGCAGUAGAAGCAGAAGUCCUAGAAGGAACAGAAGCAAAUCAAUGGAUCGAUCUGUUUCUAGAUCACCAUCAAAAUCUCCUGUUAAACCGUCCAGAGCGGGAUCAAGAUCAAGAUCAAGGUCAAGAUCAAUUUCAAGAUCGGCAUCCCCUCAACAGGCAAGAUCUGGAAGUGCUUAA